AUGUACCAGCUUUUAGGAGGUCAGACCAAAAAAAUCAAAACUUAUGGAAGAAAACAAAAUGAACGCGUAAUUCCAGCAACCAAUGCGUUGAAAGCCGAGAAUGACACGGUUUCCGCGGUGAAUUCGGAGAGUUUCAAUUUCACCUUGAAUCACGUAAAAAAUCAGCAAUCAAAAGGCAGUACACUAGUUAAAAAUAUUCCCAUGUCAAAACAUUGCACCUCGCCUAACAAAACGGAGUCGCAUGAGGAGAAAACUUUCGAAGGCGAGCAAAGACGACGUGAAAAUGCGUUAACCGACAAUUCCAUGCUACCGGACAAUGCAUCACCCGAGAAACAUUCGGUGUCAACCAAGGAAAAUGCAGAUGGUAAAACGUCAUCAUCCGCCGAGGAUAGUCGUCUCCCGCUCACCCCCAAAAAUCCGAACAACAUUCAAUUGCAAGUGAAAAAAAUCGAGCCCAUUAAAAAACUCAAAACAAUGGUUAAACCUAAAUUGAAUCGGUCACUAAAAAUUUCAUCUCCGAUAGAAUGUGAAAAUGACAAAAACCAGUCUGACCAAAUUUAUGCAAACCAAGCUUCUUGUAAAGAGCACGAAGUGGAGUCAUCGUCUAAUGAGGUUAAGGUUCUGUUGAUUGAAAAGCCACAGGAAACAAUAAAACCAAAAACCAUUGAGCAGCUUGGCGCCAACAACACGAGUGUUUCCAUGAUGAUAACCACGGGACUGACGAAAGUUGCCAGUUUGCUGCUACGAAACAAGAGUCAAGAGAGCGAAGAUGAAUUGACAACAUUGUUGAAAUUAUGUGAUCAAAAGAAAAUAUACUCUUUCGAUGAAUAUAUCGGAGUCGAAUGCAUGAGGAGCGCGGUGAAGAUAGGAGAGGCAAGUUUCUCUGAAGUGUUCGCCGCAUAUGCACCUCAAUUUACUGCCAAAAAGGUCAAAAGCGUCUUCAAAAUUAUUCCUUUCGGGCGAGGCAAGGAAAUCCUUAUUAACGGAGAAGAACAGUGCAGCAUAAGAGAUAUUUCCCAAGAGGUCAAGACCACUCUUGAGUUGGGAGGACGAACCGGUCUUGAUCCCAAUUUAAGGGUCGGAUUCUUGCAGCUAUACAGCGUGGCCAUUUGCCGAGGAAAAUAUCCAGAGUUGUUGCUGAAUAAAUGGGAUGGUUGGGACGCGGAACAUAAAUCGGAGAGCAGUCGACCAGACUACUUUGACGAGAGACAACUAUACAUCGUUUUUGUUGAAGAGCAUGGCGGCCAAUCUCUGGAAAUUGCAAGGUUAAAGAAUUGGGCACAGGCGUGGAGUCUCCUUGCACAAGUAGGCUGGAGUCUAGCGCAAGUUGAACAGUCUCUUAAAUUUGAACACCGCGAUCUCCAUUGGGGGAAUAUCACGAUAAAAUAUACAAAACAGGCAAGAAUUUCGUAUGAUAUUGCUUCGGCUACGAAAAAAGUCGAAGUGCCGACAUUUGGGAUUAAGACAUCAAUAAUAGACUAUACAUUGUCUCGGAUGGAGCGUGAUCAGGAAAUUAUCUAUGUAGACAUUUCAGAUGAGAGUUAUUUUACAGGCCAAGGUGACCACCAAUAUGAUGUUUACCGGAAGAUGCGCGAAGAGACCAAGGGAGAUUGGAAAUCAUUUUGGCCAAAAACCAAUGUAUUUUGGCUUCGUUAUUUAGCGGACAAACUUCUGACGUCGAAAAGUUUACCAAAACCAAGAAAAAGUAAUGAUCAACACCCUUAUUAUCAUGCGAUAUUACAAUUUGAAAAAAAGGCGGAAAAGUAUAGCAGCGCGAUGGAGGCGAUGAAUAAAGAUGAAUCAUGGCGAAUAUAA